AUGGCAACAUCUAAAGAAUGGCAGAAGAUGCUCAACGGUGAGCUCUACUGGGCAUGGGACGCAGACCUGCAAGCCAACCGCCAGCGAUGCAAAGCAGCAUGCGACAAGUUCAAUCAAGCAGGUCAGGUAUCUCGACGUCGUAGGGUGGAACUAUGGAGAGAUAUUGUUGGUGACACUCGUCCUCUCCCCCCAGCCCUCUCCGAUGCCCAGGAAGACGAGAAGCUUUUCAACGAGACGGAUCCAUUUGUGGAUCCUCCGAUCUCUGUCGAUCACGGAUUGAACUUCAAAGUGGGAAAAGGCACAUUCCUCAACUUUAACCUUCUCGUGCUUGACACCUGCCUCGUUACAGUCGGCGAAAGGGUGCUUUUUGGUCCUAAUGUCUCUAUCUACGGCGCCAUCCAUCCCAUGGACCCCGCCGUGAGGAAUGGACUUGAAGGCCCUGAAGCUGGCAAGGAAGUGCACAUCGAAGAUGAUGUAUGGAUCGGAGGUAGUGUCAUAAUCCUCGCUGGGGUCACGAUCGGGCGUGGAUGCACCGUGGGAGCUGGAGCUGUUGUAACAAAGGCACGUGGAUCCGCACGACUCCGAGUACAAGACUAA